GGGAUCAAAUCAAUCGCUCUCCAGGACAACUCAGUUCAAUCGGGUCACAUAAAUCUCGCCCAACAUGGUCGGCUCUAUCCUCCGCCAAUUCUUCUCCCCGGCGAUCCGGCGUCCCCUCGCUACGGCCAUCUCAACACCACCCAGCCGUCUUCUACAACCGUCCCUCCGAACAUUCACCACCACAACACCCCGCGCUUUUGCUCCUACGACCGCUCGCCCCGCGACUCUGAACCAGGUCCUGCGUGGAAUUCGAAAGGGAAAGCGCGCUCGUCACGCUGUUUCUCCUGCUCUAUCCAACACACACUGCCCAGCUCUCAAGGGUGUAUGCCUUCGAGUCGGUGUCGUUCGACCCAAGAAGCCCAACUCCGGUGAACGAAAGACUGCGCGUGUGAAGCUCUCCACCGGAGCUGUUGUUACGGCGUAUAUCCCUGGUGAAGGACACAAUAUCCAGCAACAUAGUGUUGUUCUUGUUAGAGGUGGUCGUGCGCAAGAUUGUCCUGGUGUGAGAUACCAUCUUGUUCGAGGCGCUCUGGAUUUGGGUGGUGUUGCGAGCCGAACGACGAGUCGCAGCAAGUACGGCACCAAGAAGCCCAAGAAGGCUACUGUUGGUUAAGCGAAUCCUUAAAUAAUGAACUAGAUGCGCGACUUUGGUUAAACGAUCGAUGGUAAAGCAACGGGAUUAGAACCGUGUCGAUGAUAUAGACCAGGCUGACACCAUGUAUUGAUAUUGUACACUAUUUCAAGCAUUUUUUUUUUAAAAAAAAAAAGAAAGGCGACGAUCCGAA